UCCUUCCCCCCGCGGCGAUGGGGCCGCGGCCCGGGCGGGGGGCGGGCGGCGCCGGGGCGCGGCUGCCCCGCUCUCUCUCCCCGCCUGCGGAACCGGCUGGCGGCUCGGGGCCGGGGAGCAGGAGGCGGAGGGGUGGCGGCUCCCGGCGGGGCGGGCGCCUCCUCUGGCCCUGACUGUGUGAGCCCGCGGGGUUCCUGGCCGGGCGCUGCGGCCGGAGCUUCGCGCCUGCGGGGCCUUUCGUUCUCGUGUGUGUCACGGCACAGCUCGUCCCGCGGCUCGGCCGAGGCGCCGGGCAGCGCGGAGCGCUCGGCAGCGUCCCCCGGGCCGCCGAGGUGUGUGAGAGGCCCGCCCGGCCCCCGCCGCGGAGCCCGGGAGCGGCGGUGCGGGGCCUGCGGCGCUCGGCCGGGGGUGCUGUGUGAGCUCAGAGCCAGCACGGGCACCCGAGCCCCGGGCCGGGGCUGUCACAGCGAGGCCCGGGGUAUCAUCCCCCGAGUGCGGAAACUGCGAGAGGGCGUCACUGCCGUUGCCGCUUCUGAUGUUAUAAUAAAGACCUGCGGAAAGGCCGCGUGUGACCUACAAGUUCCUACAAGUCACGACGGUUGCUUGUGCAGCUCACGCUUUUUUCCGUGGUGGCCGCAGAGCGUGACCUCUGUGAGGGGUGGCAGCGGGUGCCUCCAGGUUCUGUGGCGCUGGGCCGUGGCAGCGUUUGGCUCCGGUGCGGCCCCUGCCAGCGUGAGUCAGAGCUGUGCGCCGAGCUCUUGACUCCGAGACCUGAGCGAUGUUUCAUAACCUCGCUGCUGCUUCCAUAAAAGUACAAAUACGGUUCAAGGAUUAUGUUGUGCUAGGUGGGAGGAGUGUUCUUCAUCAGUGACUUCAACUGUUUCAAGCAUUUUUAUGUGCUCAGGAAUUAAGGUGGAUGAAAUGUUUCAUUGAUCAUAGCAGGAGCAGGACGUAUAAGGAGCAUUGUCGUAACUGUUAAAGGGCAUAAUGCAGAAUCCGUUAACAGUUUCUGCAGGUGGUGUUUUUUUGCAUGCUAAUCCUGCAGAGAAACAUUGUGUCCAACAAAGUAUGCUGGGUCAGCAAAAGCAAGAAACUUGUGCUGCAAAGACAGUAUCCACAGACAAACAGAAAUCCCCUUCGGAUCUAAUACAAAGUUUUCAGAAGAAAAGUCAGUUUAGGACCAUUGCUCCAAAAAUGGUACCAAAAAUUUUAACAUCUGGAGUUGUUUCUUGCCAUCAGUCAUCUUUGCCUGAGCCAGUGACACCAAUUUCAUCUUCAGGUUCUAAGCCCCUGGUGGUGCCAGCUCAGAACUAUGCUGUCAUGCAGGUGGCUGCUCACAAGGGCACAUUUUCCCUGUUGGCUGUGCCGUGUGUUGCACCUGCUCUAACACAGCAAGUUCAGCAGUCGACUGUUGCCCCCUCUGAAAACCUGAAGCUGCCCAUCCCCAGGUACCAAUCUGUAAGAAAUAAAUUGCUGAGUGACAAAAAACCGGCACAAAUCUCUGGUUUUGCGUGGAGUGCAUGUAACAAGAUUCCUACCAAAACGCUGAUCUCAUCACAGACUUCCCUCAUGACUGCUCUGCCUGAAGACUGUCCUGAAGCUCAGUCUAGUUCAGAUUCAGCUGAGCAAGGGGUGAUAACAGACUGUGACUCAGCUGAAAUUGGAGUUGCCACAUUAGUAAAUAAAAGCAAUCGUGUGGAGUCUAGAUCUCUUUUAAUGAAGAAAACUGAAAUUGAAAGCAAUAAUGUUUCUGGACCAACUGUAGUUGAAGACUCUCUGUCCAAGCCAUCAAGUACAACUAAUCCCAUGAAACUAAGUCUACACUCUGUGAAGACAGCAUCAGAAACCACAAGAGAGCCACUCCUGAGAUCUGAGAAACUAAAGGAAAAACCCACAAAUUCUGUGGAUCCUUUUGCUGUCUUGUCACCAGCAGUUUUUGGCAGUACAAUUCAGAUGACUUCAUCAGCACCAAAAGGAAAACUUCCUAUUUUGCCUUACUCGAGAAUGGAAAAUUCAGUGUUCUGUAGAUCUAAGCAGAAUACUAAAGUUAUGGACACACCUGGUCAUUCACUAAAAUCUGAAUGUGAAAAAAUACCAUCUUUGAUGAAAGCCAAAGCCUUUGAUAAUCAAUUAGGUGUAUCAUUUACACAAGUCACCAAACAAACCAUUCAAGAAAAUACCUCCUCUCCAUCCAGCAAAGUGGGUGAUGUUGACAGCCUUAAAAAAUUGAACAGUGCAACCUCUAAAAGAAGAGGCAGGAAAAAAAGAGCCCCAGAGGACUUAUUGGCUUUUCAGGCCAAACAAAGGAAAUGCAUCAUUAAUAAGUUUAGAGAAGAAAGAGAAAGGGCGAAGAUUGAUAUUCAGGCACCUGAAGACAACAAAGCAGAAGCAGUGAAAAAAUACCGCAGUAUCAGACCAAAACCAGUGGUGGUUGUGCAGGCGUUCGCACCGCUGGCUCCUGCAGCCAUCGUAGAGACGCCGUCUCAUGAGCAAGACUUAUUUUUAAACGGUUCACUGGCCAAUAAAUGUUUAAGUUCCAGGCACAGUGAUGCUACAUCAGCUAAAUCAAGUGAUCUAAGUAGAAAUACACGUUCAGCUGUCCCUAAGCCUCUGCACAGAUGUCAUGUUUGUAACCAUACGUUCCAGUUCAAGCACCAUCUCCAGGACCACAUGAACACGCACACGCGCAAGCGGCCCUACAGCUGCAGGAUCUGCAGGAAGGCAUAUAUCUAUUCUGGGAGACUGAGCACCCAUAUGAAGCUUCAUCACAAUGAGGGCAAACCCAAAAAGCUGGUGUGCUGUGAAUUCUGUGCUAAAGUUUUUGGCCAUGCGAAAGUGUACUUUGGCCACCUCAGAGAAGUCCACAGGGUUGUUAUCAGCACAGAGCCCUCCACUAGUGAGCAACAGGUGCAAGAUACUUUAAAGAAUAGAGACAGGAAUAUAAAAGAGGCAGAAGAAGCUACAGAGAGGGGAAAUAACUGCAAUUUUGAGGACCUAUUCCAUAACCCAGGAGGAGUGAAAUUACAGGUCAAAUGUGGUCGAUGCCAGUUUAUUGCAGAGUCUUUCGGUGAAAUGAAGUUUCACUUAUUGUGCUGUCAUGGAGAAGAGAUUCAGGGAAGAGUGAAGGAAGGGGUUUUGCAAGGAAGCAGAGGAACAAAGGGGGGACUGGUCAAACAUACAACCCACGUGUGGAAACAGCACGAUGAGAGAAGACGUUUAGCAAAGUGCAGUGCCCGUCAGGAGGAGCUGUAUACUGUUCCAAAACCAAAUAGACAGAUACCCUUGCACCAUCACAAUAAUGUCAAUAUUUUACCUAAAAGUGAACUGACUCAGUCAGGAAAUAGUGAAGCCUCCAAGGAGAUGAAAAAUGUGGGGUUUGGUACACCAAGGAGAAAAAUAGAAUUUUGGUCUAAAGCAGGCUAUAACUGCAUUUUAUGCGAACAGUUAUUUGGAAGAAAAGAGGAUCUUUUUAAUCAUUGGCAGAGUCAUCAUAAUUGUGAAGACCCUUCCACUUUAUGGACAGUUUUUACUUUGGUAUCAAAACAAAGAAUUAUUGAACUUUCUGAUAAUGGUGAAUAUUGAAGCUCAACUCUACAGUGCACUGAAAAAUAUUAACUACCUUACCGAACUCUUUUUUCACUGUCUUGCUAAACUAACUCAACAGAUGUAUUGCUUCAAAGUUUAUUAGUUUGGUUUGUUGGGGAUUUUUUUAAAGUCAUACUAACCUUUAUUUUGGUGACUAGAAAUGUGUUUGUUCCAUAUUAUUGCAGGUGGGUACAUGGAAGCUGAUUAUCAAUCCUUGUAAUUAAAAUUCAUGCUUAAGGAACUUCAUAACAGCAAAUAGUCAAUACUAAUGGUUAACCUCAAUGAAAUGUAUUUUUGAGUUAAAUUAUACUGUACACACAGAAAUAAUUCAAUUUCUAUGAAGUAAUCUCAGUCUUAAAUGAAAUCACACACCUGACUAGAAGUCAGGUCCCAACUAAGCUGCCAGAUUUUGUGGUAAAUGCAUAUUUUCAUGCAGUUUUCUCAAUCAUUUAAAUGUGCAUACAUGCAGCCAACACUUGGGAGCUUUUUAGUCUAUAAUUUAAGAACUUUUAAUAUUUGUUUUCUUGAUUUCACUGUCUUUAAACAUGUUCAUUGCUUGCAGGUGUUCGGUUCUGUCCUGUUAACAACAAAGAUCUUUGUAUUUUAGAAGUAAAAAAUCUAAAUGUAUUUAUUUGCCUGUAGCUUUUUGGGUUGAAGAUGAGUUGCCACCCAUUAAGAUGGAGCCCAGUAGAUUUUCAAGGGGGCAGGUCCUGUCAGUCUGUAAGGGCAUGGAGUUCUAGAGCUUGGUUUUGAUGAAAAGGUCAUUGAAACAUUUAAUCCAAUUUGAAAUCGGUGUUUAAACUGCUUGAAGCCUUAUAUUCCUCUGAAUUAUUUUAGGAGCAAUAAUGCAGGCAAGUCUAAGAAAUCACCACAUCACUCUCCAACAGAAGUCAGAGCACGUCAGAGGGCAAGCUGAAAAAUAUACCCAGAACUGUCCCUGCAGUACUACUGUAUUUAUUCCUUUUUGUGGUCAGCUGUAAUUGAGGGAUUGCAGUGAUAAAAGAGUCAUUCCUAAAAUGGCCUGUGUUGCCUCUAACUGUUCUUCAAAAAUUAUGGUGGUGAAAACAUGAGAAGAGAUGUAAAAAUGUUGGGCUUUCUGAGUGGGAUUCCUCAAGCUGUUGGAAUAUUUUGUGUAUGUCUUUUAUUUUUAAACAGUAAACACAAUUUUGAUGACCUAAGAGUUUUGAAUGCAAUUUCUUGUUUUGCUUUGCCCUGAAAUUGAACUGUAAGGUAGGAAUCAAGUGUAACAAAAGACAAAAAGAAAAUGCCAAUAGAACUGUACAGGUGCCUGGUAAGGUUGAAGAAUUCACAUGGAUUUUCAAAACUUCCUUGCUACUAUCUGUUGCUAUGAAUUCAGAUUUGUGGCUGUUUCUUUGCUUUCAUAUAUUGGGUUUAUUUUAUGUUUAAUUACCUUAAAAGUAGUACUUGUUCUUAUUCUUGACACGUUCAUUCUUUAAUGCCUACAAUGUAUUCAUUAUUUAUUUUCACUGGCAUAUUUGGACAGGAAUAGCUAUUUUUUAAGUCAGUGUUUCAUAUCAGACCGAGGCUGUAUUUAACUUAGUAGAUUGUGUUGCAUUUAGCAGCAUUUUUUACCCCUGCAACUUAAUCCUUUAACUUUAAAAAUCAACCAGCAGGGUGUUUUCCAUGAAACAGAAAUGUGAGAACAAUCCCUCCUUCCCAUAGUUACUCUGUGUCAAAGAGAAGUUCAUUCCCAGCAUAAAGCAUGCAUUUUACGAGUUGGGAAAAAAACAUUUCAAAGGUUUGAUCAUGAUAUUUUUUUAAAAUGAAUAUUAAAUCACCCAUCCCAAGGUAUAGUUUAAAAUGAGCUGACAUAAAUUCAGAGCUGAGACAGAGUCCCUCCUGUUCAGGAACAGCACCAGCAAUGGCAGAGUGUCCCUUUAAAAUUAUUUUCAAAGGGUAUUUGUUAAAAACCUCAGUGUGGUGCCUCAAAGUCAGUGAUGUAGAUGGGUUGUUUGGGGGUGGU